AUGGCUGGUCUAUCUAAACGAAACCUGCUGUACAACAAGGUUUCUGACAGCCUUUCUCGACGUCACGUUAAAGCACUACGAGCCACCCUAGUUAAAGAUGGGCACCUUGGAGCAGCUAAAGUUGAAAAGGCGACUCCUCAUGAAAUGUUCAACAUGUUGGAGGCAGAUGCGAAACUACCGGUCGGUGAUCUGAGUCUGCUGUCGUCGUUUUUGAGGGCCCGUAAGAAGUUCGACCUAGUCGAGGAAGUCGAAAAUCUAGCAAGAGAAGAGAGAGAAAGUUUGGGCGGACGAGGGACAAAACGAGGAAGUAACACCACGGGGAGCAGCAAAAGGACCAAAGGAGGGUACUAUGCAACUGAUGGAGGAUCAAGCAGAGAUGGUCGCCAUCAGUCCACCCAGCAACCAGCACGAGGAAGUGCAGGUCACACGGGGGGAAGGCAGACGGGAAGAUCCGGCACUGCCACUGCAUCAACUGCCAGUUCCAAAAAAGGUGCUUAA